AAAGAAGAAAACGCUUGGACUUUGUAUGUUUGGAAUUUACGUCCUGUGUCGGCUACCGGAGGAAGAAUGGCCGGCUGGAUGUGGUUUCGCUGCUUUUUGGGGCCUCAUCUCCAGAGAGUGCACCGUUCACAGGAGGAGUCCCGACCCGAAGGAAGAGCAGGCAGGAGGCCCCAUGGAUGGACMUAUCAACCCAAGAGCCUGGAGAAACACACUGACAGCAUCCUCGGAUGGGCGUCAGCUUUGUGGUCUCUGUCAUACUACAGCUCCCCUCUCCUCCUCUGCUACCUUUACAGAAAAGGGUACAUCUGCAGCAGUAAGCUGGUCCCAGUCAGUCAGUAUGUGGGAACWGUAAUGGUUUGUCUGCUGGGAGUCGCCUGUCUGAGAGGUUGGGGACGGUGGAGGAACUCUGAGUAUCAACAGUUCAUCUCCAUUCUGGAGGAAACCAGGAAGAACCACACGCCUAGCAACAAGAAAAGGCUGGCCUGCUAUGAUUUUGACUUCUCUCACUGGCCGGCAGACUUCAGCUGGGAAGAAGUUAGCAAUCCGAAGCUGCUGUCCAAGGCAGGAGUGUCUCUACUGAAGCCAGAGCCCAAACUGAGAGGGYCAGCAGACAGCGUGCUCAACUCUUUACGCACUCUACCAUGCCACAUCGUCAGUUUUCUGAUUGCCCACUCAUUUGGGAGGAGGAUUCUGUACCCUGGAUCUGUAUACCUACUGCAAAGAGCUAUGAGACCCAUGCUACAACAGGGCCAGGCUAGACUUAUAGAAGAGUGUGAGGGCCAGAGGAACAAACUGGUGGCGUGUGAUGGGAAUGAGAUUGAUACCAUGUUUGUGGACCGCAGGAGAGAAGAAGGACUACACGGACAGACUCUGGUGAUCUGCUGUGAGGGGAACGCAGGCUUCUAUGAGGUGGGCUGUAUGAACACUCCAUUGGAAGGUGGAUACUCCGUGCUUGGCUGGAACCACCCUGGCUUUGCAGGAAGCACGGGCGUACCGUUCCCCCAGAACGAGGCCAAUGCCAUGGAUGUAGUGAUCCAGUUUGCAGUGCACAAGCUGGGCUUCCAGCUCAGUGACAUAGUGGUGUAUGCCUGGUCCAUAGGGGGAUUCACAGCCAGUUGGGCUGUGAUGUCCUAUCCAGAGAUCCAAGCGCUGGUAUUGGACGCCUCCUUUGAUGACCUGCUGCCGCUGGCCCUCAAGGUCAUGCCCGACAGCUGGAGGCCUCUGGUGACACACACAGUCAGGCAGUACAUGAACCUCAACAGCGCAGAACAGCUCUGCAAGUACCAGGGACCAGUGCUUCUGAUCAGAAGAACCAAAGAUGAGAUCAUUACCACCAUGGGUCCAGAAGACAUCAUGUCCAACAGAGGCAACAACCUCCUGCUCAAACUUCUGCAGUUCAGGUACCCCAAGGUGAUGACAGACGAUGGAGUCAGGGCCAUCAGAGCAUGGCUGGCAGCCUCCAACCACGUAGAAGAGGCAGCGGUGUACAGUAGCUAUGAGGUGGAUGAUGACUGGUGUGUGUCUGUACUGCAGUCGUAUAAGACAGAGAGAGACGUUUUCUUCCCCUGGAGCGUUGGUGAGGACAUGACACUGGAGGGGAGACGGCAGCUGGCUCUCUUCCUGGCACGGAAGUACAUGCGGAACUUCGACUCAACUCACUGCACUCCUCUCCCCUACUCGGAAUUCGCUGCCCCUUGGGGACUGUAAGAGUGUUGAUGGAUGGAUAGAAACGAGAAGCAAAGAUGCAGGCGAGACCAACCAAUCAGAAGAGGUAUACAGAGCAUGGAUUGAAUCUAUGGGAGGUGUUCAAGGCAGCUACACCCAGACGGUUUUAGAACGUUGCGACCCUGCACACCUGUGGGGAAAACAACCUGUGGUUACCCCAUUGGCUCACAGCAAAAACUUGGCAUUUUGUCUACUUGUUUUAAUCAAUUACAAAACUAUAUUUAAGAAAAGUAGAUGUCUAAAGAUUACUACUUAGAAAAACGUAAUUUUGCCUCAUGCCCCUUAUGACAAUGCUAGCGGCCGACCGACCGGAACAUCAAGCUUGUCAAGAACAAUGCUUUCCACACGCACAGCCUARUUAGAUUCUGCGUCCCCACUCCAAAUAGAGCCUUGUGGCUUCAGGCUAUUUCCCUACGRUGGGAGCAUUGCGAACAGUCGGCCGUGAUUUUUGACCUGGCUACAUGUACAUUGAACAACACAGCAGCUUUUUGUUAUUUCUGUAGAAAAUUUUWAAAAGUAGGUUAUUUUCCAAUUUGUGGGUGUGGUCUAGGGGAAUUCCUUAUUAUCAGAUGAKUGUUUUUGUUACUGUCAGCACUAACUAAUUUAUAAACUGGGUGGUUCCAGACUGUAUACCACGGGUAUUACAUUAGUAACCAGUUUAUAAUAGCAAAAAGGAACCUCGGGGGGGUUGUGGUAUAUGGCCAACGGCUGUAUCCAGGAACUCCGCGUUGAGCUUAAGAACAGCCCUUAGCCGUGGUAUAUUGGCCAUAUACCACACCCCCUUGGGCCUUAUUGCUUAAAUARACACUGCCGUCCUCGAACUAGAUAUUUAAAUGCUCCCUUCCAUAAAGUAAGCACUGAUCUCUAGGUAAUUGGAUAAAAGGCUCCAUUCUAUUGCCUGACUACAUUACUAAAAGGAAUAAGGAGCUCGUCUCUCCCUCCUUUCUUCCCUCUGGCUGCAUUAAAAAUAAAUAAAAAGCAUACACUUAUUCCAGACAAAGAUCUACUUUUUACAAAUACAGCCAGGCCAUCCUCACGUUCUAAAGGUUGACAUUUUUUUGUACUAUUAUUUUCUUGUGGGCACUGUCAUUUUGAACAAAGCUGGAUCCUGUUAAAUAAAGUGUUGGCAAAAUAA